AUAUGAAGUACUGCGCAGUAAUCGCAGGCGUCAUCGAAUAUUUUCAAGAUGGCGCUCGAAGUUGAAAGUGCAGAUGUCGUAAGAUUAAUCGAACAAUACCUGAAAGAGAAUAAUCUGCCAAGAACUUUGGCUGUUUUGCAGGAAGAAUCUGGCAUAACUCUAAACACAGUCGACAGUGUUGAAGGCUUUGUAACUGAAAUCAACAAUGGUCAUUGGGAUACAGUUCUUCAAGCUGUUCAACCAUUGAAAUUACCAGACAAAACUCUCAUUGAGCUCUAUGAACAGAUUGUGCUGGAGUUGAUUGAACUUCGUGAACUUGGUGCAGCCAGAUCUUUGCUUCGUCAAACAGAUCCAAUGAUCAUGUUGAAGACCCAGCAACCAGAGAGGUAUCUACAUUUGGAGAACUUGUUGGCACGGUCGUACUUCGAUCCUCGUGAGGCGUAUCCAGAAGGAAGCAGUAAGGAGAGAAGAAGAGCAGCAAUUGCUCAAGCUUUAUCAGGUGAGGUAUCCGUCGUCCCUCCAUCGCGCCUUCUGGCUCUGCUUGGACAGGCUUUGAAAUGGCAACAAUACCAAGGCUUACUACCACCUGGAACAUCUAUCGACGUGUUUCGAGGAAAGGCUGCAGUCAGAGAUGAAGAAGAGGAGAAAUAUCCCACACAACUUAAUAAGACCGUCAAGUUUGGUUCAAAAUCCCACCCAGAAUGCGCUCUCUUCUCACCGGACGGCCAGUAUUUGGUGACUGGCAGUGUCGAUGGAUUUAUCGAAGUCUGGAAUUUUACGACGGGGAAAAUCAGAAAAGAUUUGAAAUACCAAGCUCAGGAUAACUUCAUGAUGAUGGACGAUGCUGUGUUAUGUCUGACGUUCAGUCGAGACAGCGAAAUGUUGGCUUCAGGCGGCCAGGAUGGUAAAAUAAAGGUAUGGAAGAUGCAAACAGGACAGUGUUUGCGUCGCUUUGAACGGGCACAUGCAAAGGGCGUUACGUGCAUUAAUUUCUCGAGAGAUGCAAGUCAGCUUCUUAGUGGUUCUUUCGAUAUGACGAUAAGAAUGCAUGGGUUAAAGUCUGGGAAGACAUUGAAGGAAUUCCGUGGCCAUAUUUCUUUCGUCAAUGAUGUGGCCUUCACUGUGGAUGGUCACAAUAUUAUCAGCGCCAGUAGUGAUGGAACAGUCAAGGUUUGGAACAUUAAAACAACAGAGUGUAUUCAUACGUUCAAACCUGCAGUUGGCAGUGUGGCGACAGAUAUUGCCGUUAAUUCUGUCCAUCCUAUCCCUAAAAACUUGGAACAAUUUGUCGUGUGUAAUCGAUCGAGUACAGCCGUCAUUAUGAACAUGCAAGGCCAGAUCGUUCGUAGUUUCACGUCGGGCAAGCGAGAAGGUGGUGAUUUCACAUGCUGUUGUCUCUCGCCACGAGGGGAAUGGCUUUACUGUGUCGGUGAGGACAUGACGCUGUACUGUUUCAGUAUUGCAACUGGGAAACUAGAACAGUCUCUACAGGUCCAUGAAAAAGAUGUAAUUGGCGUGAAACACCACCCUCACAACAACCUCAUCGCGACGUUCAGUGAAGACGGGCAGCUCAGGUUGUGGAAACCAUAAAACAUGUAUGUGAAAGACAAUGUUUUGGUAGUAAUUCCAUAAUCUUAACUUUAAUCCUGAACCUGACCGUAACAAUCAACUAAUACUCGUGCUAAAGGAUUAGAUUAUGGAUUAUAUUAGGAAAUUCUGGACCUGGAACUAUUAAGUCUUUGUACAUAAAGGUUUGUUUCCGUACUUAACUAACUCAUCGCUUUUCCAAGACAAAUAUCUCCCUUGCUGAAAUACAAAGCUAGAUCUGACGGGGGAAUAAACAUUGGGUUUAGACACAAUCAUGAAAACAUUUCCCAGUGACUUGCCGAGACUUGGAGACAAAGCAAGCAUUGCAUGGCUCGAGAAAUUGGCCUAUUUUAUUCAUUUUUACUUUAUCUUAGCAUAUGUUAUUAAAUUGCCUACGCUGUGA